CCGUCCAUCCUCCUCCUCCUCGUCCUCCUCGUCCUGCUCAAUGAGAGUUCAGACAGAACCAGCAGCAGGACUCUGAGCAGAUUCACCUGCAACAACCAGAGGUUCAUCAUCAGGAGGAAAAGAAGAAACUUAACCCAGAGGCCGGAGGAUACGUCAGCUCAGCCUCCAGAUUCAUUCGUUCCUCUGAAGCAGCCGGGGAAGAGCGAUGCUUCCCUUCAUCCCCUCCCUGCUCCUCAUCCUCCUCCGGGUCGACCCCGGUCUCCUGACCUCCACCGAGGUUCAGGUCAGAGGAGAGAGGACGCCGAGGGAGGCCAAGCAGGACUCCAUCAAGGUGGUGAUUUCUGAGGGCUGCGUCUCUCAGGGAGACUCAUCCGACCUGAGCCAAGGAGGUAAAGAGGUCGACCUGGCCCCCGGUUCUCCUCUGGUUCUGACCCACAAGAUCAAACUGGUUCCCUCGGGCUCUGGUUCGGGGUCUUGUGGAUGCGAGGCCGACUUCGCUGCCCUGAGGGAGCGUCUGGAAAGGCUGGAGAGGGAGGUGUCGGACCUCCGGGAGAAAUGUGGAGGAGCUGAGGGCAGCUGCUGCACCUCCAAGGAAAGUAAAGGUGCAGGUUGCUCCAUCAAACCAGAGGCUGGCGAGUGUCCCAACGAGUGCAGCGAUCAGGGUCGCUGUGUGGACGGUAAAUGUGUCUGCUUCCCUGGAUUCCGUGGGCCGGACUGCAGCGAGUCCGACUGUCCCGGGAACUGCAACGACAAUGGGAAGUGUGUUAACGGACAGUGUGUAUGCGACCCCGGGUUCACGGGCCCCGACUGCUCCCAGAAGGCCUGCCCCGACAACUGCAACAGAAGGGGGCGCUGUGUUAACGGACAGUGUGUGUGUAACCCCGGGUUCACUGGGCCGGACUGCUCAAAGAAGGCAUGUCCUGAUAACUGUAACAACCGGGGGCAGUGCGUCAACGGUAAAUGUGUCUGCGAUAGCGGAUUCACCGGAACGGACUGCUCUGAAAAUGCGUGUCCUGGGAACUGCAACAACAGGGGGCGCUGUGUUAACGGACAGUGUGUCUGUAAAGUGGGGUUCACGGGUCCAGAUUGCUCCGAACGGGCCUGUCCUGACAACUGUAACAACCGGGGGCGGUGCGUCGAUGGUAAAUGUGAAUGCGAAAGCGGCUUCACCGGACCGGACUGCUCUGAACUCGCGUGUCCUGGGAACUGCAACAACAGGGGGCGCUGUGUUGACGGACAGUGUGUUUGUGAUGAAGGAUUCGCCGGCGAGGAUUGCUCCGAGAGGACGUGCCCUGAUGAUUGCAACGACCGAGGCAGGUGCGUUGACGGUAAAUGUGAAUGCGAAAGCGGUUUCACCGGAGACGACUGCUCUGAACUCGCAUGUCCUGGGAACUGCAACAACAGGGGGCGCUGUGUUAACGGACAGUGUGUCUGUAAAGAAGGGUUCACUGGAGACGACUGCUCUGAAAAAACUUGUCCCAGCAACUGCAACAAUCGUGGGAAGUGCGUGAACGGGAAGUGUGUUUGCGACGUGGGCUUCGCCGGACCGGACUGUGCCACCAAGGGUUGUCCCAACAACUGCAACAACAAAGGCCGAUGUGUCCGAGGGAGCUGUGUGUGCCGGCGUGGGUUCACCGGACCAGACUGCAGCCAGUGUCAGGAAGGCAUGACCGGACCCAACUGUGAUACCGUCAUGUCUGGCGUUUCUCGGCUCAGCUCCCGGGACGUCACGGAGACGUCCGUCACUCUGGUUUGGACGCCACCUGCUGUCCAAUAUGAGACCUACCACAUCACCUUCACCAGUCAGAAGGAGAGUGACCAGCGAAUAACGGUGCAGGCGGAGGGAAGCCUGACCUCCUUCACUCAGACGGGCCUGGCAGCAGGUCAGGAGUACAGCGUCAGCAUCAUCGGAGAGAUCGAUGGAAGGAGGGGAGCUGAGAGCACCACUGAAUUCGUGACCCUUAUUUCUGGUCCCGCCGACCUCCAAGUUGUCAAGACGACCACCACAUCCGUCGUGGUCCAAUGGGAGCAGUCGCAGGGGGAGAUUGACAGGUACCUUUUAACAGUCACGCCCAACGAUGGAGAGGGGAGGAGUCAAGAAAUGGUCAUCUCAGCUGGACAAAACUCUGCCCACAUUGGCCAGCUGGAGGCAGGGCGUCUGUAUGACGUCGUACUCGUGUCCGAGAAAGGAACAGGCCGGAGCGAACCAGCGACCACCCAGGCAGUUCCUGGGAAGUCAUUACCUAGGGUUAACACAGCGGCUUUGACCAUGCCUGGACAAGAUGUCAAUCGAAAGGAUCAAGACUUGAAACAAUCACCUGAGGUUGGCCAGCCUGAGAGGGUGGAGGAAGGGAGUGAGGCUGAAUCUGGAAAAGUCUCACCAUCAGCCUCUGUGAUUGCCAGAACUGGGCCUCCAGUCACCAAGAUGAAUGCUAAAAAUGUCACCAGAUUCAGAUUCACAGGUAGGCCCACAUUGUCCGGGAAGCCAAAGAUCCCAGGGUCUGGGCGCUUCAAUGCAACAAGAGUUGCUCCCGGAGGAAGAAGGAUUUUCCCUUUGAGAAAAGCCCCAGUGGUGGCAAUGAAGGACCAGAUGAAUAAAAAGACAGAUGUCCCCACCAUCGGAGAAUCUGACAGAAACCUGAGUGUGGAGGAAAAUCCAGCCCUAAUCUCUGGGACUGAUUCAGAAAUAAACAGUCAAAGUAGCUCAGAGGUACAAACUGCUGCUGUUGGCUCCAAAGAGCUACCAGAUGUUGGCAUCGCCAUGCAUGGAAAGGACUCCGAUGCAGUGUCCCCAGAGCCAACUGGGAGUGCCGAAAGCCAAGAGAAGAAAUGCAUGAACAAAAUUAAAGUGACACACUUCAGAUUCCCACAAAAAGACAAAGGCAGUGGGUGUAAGGAGGAUGGGACAGGGCUGGCAGGGAACACAUUGAGCUCAGAUCCAGGUACCCCUGUAAUUAAUGAAACGCCCCCUUCUGGAGAGAUUAGUGUUGAUGCUUCACCAGAUCCUUUCGAUAAACUCCUGACAGACGCGUUUGAAGGUCUGAAUAUCACAAUGUUUUCUGUUCACUUGUCCAAACCUACAAACCUCUCAGUUGAUGCAGCGAGUAAGCAGAUUCUAAUGAGAAUGAAGCCACUGACACCAUUCUCAUCCUCUUCAUCGUCCUUAUCUUCAUCACACUCAUCAUACUCUGAGUCAUCAUCAGCAGUUUCAUCUGCACCAUCACCAUCAAGUCCAUUAUCUUCCUUAGAUUCACAAGAAAGCAACAAACUAGAUGUUGACAACAGUAAGACAGACUCAACUCAGCCACCCUUAGGAGACGAUGGGGCUCCUAUUUUCUCUCGUGCAUCUCCAAAAGGUGGACAUGUGCGUCGUCUACACCCAAUUAGUUCAUUUCAGAACAGAACCCGUGUUCACCAACGCUUCCCUACUCGUGGUAGCAUUGCCCCGAGAAGACAAACCACACACCUACCCACAAGUGAAUUAUUAUCUUCAUCCGCUUCAGACGAAUCAUCAUCAUCAUCAUCAUCAUCAGUUGAGGCCUAUGAAUCAGUGAAGGACACAAAAGGGGACAAAGAUGAUUCAAAUUCAACUGGGUCCCAUGAAGUUCAACAAAACCAAAAAAAGAUAAUGAUACAAAAAGGUCAACCCCCAGGUCGACGUUUUCCCAAUGGGGGACAUUCCCGUCGGCCCUUUGUAAACCGUCCUCAUUUGAGGCCUUUGACUCAACCUUUACGGCCUUUAAAUCCUGAAACGGAGACUCAGAAUGAACCAGUGUUUCCCACCGAAUUACCAGCGACAUCAUCUCCCAUUUCCAAAGAUGUCCAUGUAUCAGAUACAGGAUCUGAAAGAGAGGGAGAGAGAGAUAGUGAAGGCAGUGUUGGACAAAGAAUCUCCAUGACAAGUACUCAGGUCGAUCAAGCUGUCAGACAUGGUGAAGUGCCUUCCUCCCAUCACCCAAACACCAAAGACGGUUAUUUCCGACGGGUGUAUGAUGGAUCUCUCCGAAACAGAACCCGUCCAAACCUCAGACCGCUUCAACUUCCACUCAGAGAUCCCAAGCGCAAACCUUUCCCCACCAGAAACAUAAAUGCAGGCAGCAGGUUUACGGUUGGAAGUCAAACUAGCCAACAGGGAGAAGAUAAUACCCCUGAAAGCCGGUCAGGAGAGCUUGAUGUCCAUGAAGUCCCAGUCAAACAAUCAGAAGAGCAAGAGGUAAGCCCAGCUGUCCAGAUCGAUCGCCACAACACUGUCAGACCACAGACAAAUGAGUUGGCAGAGGGAGACGAUGCUCUGGUCCAGAAAGAACAAACUAGUGCCACAGGUUCUCACACCCGUAAAGAUAUAGUUAAAGGUAGACCAACUUCCUCCAGUUCAAAAGGCUCAAGACCGGUCUCGCUUCCAAAGAGACAACCACCAAUAAGAGGUACUAUGACACAACAGCACCACACAGAGAAGAAACCCUUCAUCAGUGAAAGGCAAAAGUAUAAAGAUCCACAAACAGACCCUACUGCAAACAAGGUGUCUGAGUCGGAGCAGACAACUGGAGACACAAGAGAACCUCUGGACUUUGUGGGAGUGACUAACCGGACCUCAGAUGGAUUUACGCUCAUAUGGGACGCACCACAAGGGAAGUACAAAAACUUUGUGGUGACUAGGAAAGAAGGUAAAAGGCUGAUGGAAAGAACUCAAGAACAAGAAGAGGAUCCUGAUAAAGAGAGUGCCAUGGAGAAAGGGACACCUCAACCUACCACAGGAAGUAGGGAAGACGAUAACAGAGCACCUGAAAGUUUAGUCACUCAACACCCAAGCAUCCAUAGCAGCACAAAACCCAAACCAACAGAAAGUGACACAACCUUCAAAAGAGUCCUGCCUGGUUCCGCUCGCUCCCUUCAGUUUGAGGAUUUGCCUCCAAAGACCGACUACACGUUGACCUUGCUUGGAAAGGGUCCGGGACUUCUGUCCAGCCUGCACAAGCUUGUCAUCAGCACAGGCCCGGAGCCUCCGACCAACAUUGUCUUCAGCAAAGUGACAGAAAACUCAAUGACAGUGUCGUGGACCAAACCAAAAAGUUCCGUCAGUGGUUUCAAAGUCACCUACACCCACACAGACGAGGGUGAGCCGGUGUCGGUCUCAGUGGACUCACAGAACUCCUCCCUGCUCCUGUCACAACUCUCACCCGGUUCGUCUUAUGAGGUCAACAUCAUCUCCACUCUGGGACUGGACGAGAGUGACCCCGCCAGAGACCUCGCCAUGACACUCCCCGACCCUCCUACAGACGUACGGGCCGUGAACGUCACCGACUCCACAGCUUUGUUACUGUGGCGUCCAGCGUUGGCUGCCAUUGAUAAGUAUUCCAUCGUCUAUGGCUCAGGUUCAGGUCCACAGGUGAGAGUCACCGUCUCUGGAAACGCAGCCGAACAGCAGCUAAGUGGUUUGGACGGAUCCACCACCUACACCGUCACCGUCACCAGUCAGCUAGGAGGCCUGGAGAGUUCACCGGCCUCCACCAGCUUCACCACCACCAGCAGGGAUUCUGGUCAGGAUGAAGAUGGACCAAGAGACCUCCAGGCCAAAAAUGUGACCCCUCGCACUGCCUUGUUGUCAUGGAAACCACCAUCCCAGCCCGUGGGUAGAUACAGACUGACCUAUCAGACCGAAGGGCACGAAACGAAGGAAGUGAUCGUUGGUGGCACGGUAACGCAGUACAACCUGACCCGACUUCAUCCCGGAUCCAUGUACGCGGUGCAGCUCCAGGCUGAAUCAGGAGGACGUUACACCACGGCCAUCUCCACUCAGUUCACCACCGGCGUCCUGAGGUUCCCCUUCCCCUCCGACUGCUCUCAGGAGCUCCUGAACGGCAUCAUGACGUCGGGAGAGGUGGAGAUUUUCCCUCAUGGGAAAGAAGGGACUCCGAUAACGGUUUAUUGCGACAUGGAGACGGACGGCGGUGGCUGGACAGUCUUCCAGAGGAGGAAGGAUGGUUCUGUGGAUUUCUUCAGAAACUGGAAAGCGUACGUUAAAGGAUUCGGAGAUCUGAAUGGAGAGUUCUGGCUCGGCCUCGAUAGUCUCCACAACCUGACAGCGAUGAAGACGAUGAUCCUACGAGUCGACCUGCGAGACGGAGACGAGUCGGUCUUCGCUCAGUAUUCGACCUUCGCGGUGGCGAAGAGGAACUACAAACUGACUGUGGGCGGAUACAGCGGGACAGCAGGAGAUUCUCUGAGCUACCACAACAACCGCAUCUUUUCCACCAAGGACCGCGACCCCAUGUCCUUCAUUACCAGCUGUGCUCUGUCCUAUCGAGGAGGCUGGUGGUACAAGAACUGCCACGAGGCCAACCUGAAUGGUGUCUAUGGCAUCGACAUCAACCACCAGGGUGUGAUCUGGACCAGCUGGAAAGGAAAAGAGUUUUCAAUCCCGUUCACUGAGAUGAAGAUGAGACCGGCCGCCUUCAGGCCUCCAGCUAGAGGACCAAACUGAUGAUGAUGAUGAUGAUGAUGAUGAACUGGUCAACACACGCACAUGGACUUCAGUGUGUCAACAGCUCAUGCAUAGAGAGCGGACUGAACUGUGGAGGAGAUGAGGAUGUAUUAUCAGUAUGUUACUGUCCAUUUCUUUUCACACCGACGCUUCUACUUUUCACGCGUCGAGAGAUCUGAAACCAACUCGGCGUCUUCGUGGCCCCAGAAAACAUUAAAACGUAAAAACACCGUGCAUUACUUAUUAAAAAAAAAAACCUGCAGCAGCACAAGGAUGCAUCCAUUCAUUAGCCCAUUCAUCUCCACCUCCUUCUCCCUCACCAACGAUAAGCUUUCAGAAGAGUCACAGACCUGAGACCUGCUAAUAAUAAUCUGGAUGUGCUUGAGUCGGGUCUCACUUCCUCACAUCCAACCAAAUAAAGUCCAGGAUCCUUUCAUCCGACUGAAAAGUGUUCUCUGCACGUGUUCUCCGCUGGAGGACCUGAGGGAACCAAGACGCUGGAGUGCGACCAUUAGAAACCUUCGACGUCUUCAUCAGAGUCUAAAGAGACAAAGACAAACUCAUCCUUCCUCCUUCUGGUGUCCACAGCUCCAAUAAGUAUUUAUCUUAGUGGAAACUUUUAGCCUCUUAGUGGAUCAACCAAUCAGAUGCUGAUGCUGCACUUAGACAGUUUCCAGUGAAGACGAUCCAAUAAGAGCAGAUGUGAUGGUUCCCUGCAGCUCUGACCAUUUAUUAAUCAAACUAAAUGAUCCUCAGAGACCUGAUCAGCCGACAAAUAUGAACUAUAAAUAAGGUUCUGUCUUUGUCCAUUUAUCAUAGUGUUUAAUGCUCCAGCCUCCUGUGUUCUUUGUAAAAAGUUUGCAGCACUAGAAUCAAUUUUCAGGUUGAUGUACCAAAACUUAAUCUCAGAGGCGACUUCUCGUCUGUGCAUGCAGGAUUUAUUUUUUAUUUUUUAUUAUGUGCCUCGUUAUUUGAAAUAAGAUUUUCAAGAACUAAUAAAAAAACAUAUUUUGACAAA